GCUCGGCAAUAUUAAGAGUCUGAUCACUUAUUUGGUAACUUAGCUAAAUGUGGCCAACUAUGAUACUUAAUACUAUUUUUGCAAAUACAAUUUGAAAAAAAUGCAACUUGCUUCAGCAUAUCGUUAAGUACUUUUUAUAUAAUAUCAUUUGCAUUGUGAUUUUGCCAACGUUUUCAAGCAUAUGCUGUAAACGUUUUAGCGGUCGUUCAAAUUAACAACUGAUAUCAAAAUGACAUCUAGUGAAACCAGCUUGGACAAAAAUUACAUCGAAAGCGCAGUUCUUUCAUGUCAUAAUUUAUGCUACCAAGUUGGAAUUGGACUCCGGAAAAAGACAGAAAAGAAGAUUCUUCGCGAUGUGUCUGGAGUCUACAGACCAGGACUUACAGCCAUCAUGGGACCUUCGGGGUCCGGAAAGACCAGUUUGAUCGACCUCCUUGCAGAUAGGGUCGACAUAGAUCCCAAACAACUGAAAGGAAAAAUUCUCUUGAACGGAAGUCGGUUUCCGUCGAACUAUCACAUCAUAUCUGGAUACGUUGUGCAAGAUGACGUAGUAACGGGAUCACUAACAGUGCGGGAGAAUUUACUGUUUGCUGCUAACAUGCGUCUUAAAUCUGACAUCGGGGCUGACGCGAAGAAAGAACUGGUCGACAGCAUUCUCAAGGAGUUGCUGCUGCAGAAAUGCGCAAACACAAAAGUGGGAACUGAGCUCAUCAAGGGAGUAUCGGGAGGGGAGCGGAAGAGGUGCAACAUAGGCAUGGAGCUGGUCGUCAGCCCAAAAAUUCUAUUCCUCGAUGAACCAACAACUGGACUGGACGCUAGCACUUCGCUCACAGUCAUGAAAAUCCUGAGACGACUGGCCAGUCAUGGUGGGAGAACUAUCAUAUUCAGUGUGCACCAGCCUCGCUUCUCCAUCUUUAAACAGUUUGAUUGCCUUCACCUCCUAUCAGCACAUGGACAAACAGUCUAUCAUGGUGCAGUUUCAAAUGUCAUUGACUACUUCAGCAACAUUGACCUCAAAUGCGAGUCAUUCAACAACCCCGCUGACUUCUUUCUCGACUGUGUGCUCAAACACAAUAGCACAAGAUUUGCUGAAAAGGAGUUAGAUAACGGGAAGAAAGGUAACGUAAACGACAGUGAAGCAGGAGUUACGAAAGAGCAAGAAGAAUUCUUCGAUAUUGCUGAAAAUGACAAGAUGGACUUGGCUUCUUUGUUUCAAAAGUCAUCUGAAAACCAGAAUCUACUGCAAGAUUGCUCCAAAAUUUGCCCGACAGACGACUCUGUGUCCAAACCUGAGAGUUUCAAAGUAAGCUACGCUUCGACUUGGUUCGAACAAUUCUUCUACCUUUCGAAGCGCUCCUUUAUCAACUACACUCGCAACCCAGCGAUAAGCUUUAUUGAACUUUCUAUGAUGGCCUUUCUCGCCCUGUUCUGUGGGAUAUUUUUCUGGGACAUUGAGCACGAUCAGAAUGGCUUUCAAAACAUAUACGGAGCGCUUUUCUUCAUGACGGCUCAAAUGAUGUGGACCAACUUAUCAAGCAUCGAGACAUUCAUCCAGGAUCGGAACUUGUUUCUCCAUGAACUCGCGAACGGAUACUACAGGCCAUCGUCAUUCUUCUUCGGAAAACUUGCCACUGACCUUUUCCCCCGGCGCCUCUUUCCUACUAUUAUUUUUGUCAGUAUUUUCUAUUGGAUGUGCGGAAUGGAGCCUGAUAUCGAUAAAUUUUUCUUCGCCUUGUUGGUAUGCACGCUCGCAACAAUGGCAGGUUGCGGCGUGGCAUUCUUCUUUGGCGUUCUGGUAGGGAACUUUGCCAUUGCGAGCUCACUUGUCACCCUUUUCUACAUAACAUUCAUGAUUUUCGGGGGUCUAAUGAUGAAUGUUGAGGACAUGAAGCCCUGGAUUAGCUGGUUGCAAUGGAUCAGCAUCACCCGGCACAGCCUUGGCCCUAUGACAGCAUCACAAACCGAAAACUUGGAGUUUUGUGGAACCAGGACAUUUGAGUUGAACAACAACACGUACAAGAGCCAGUACACGUGCGAGAAUGGGGUUGACAUUCUUAAACAGCAAGGUAUUGGCCAUGACGCCGAAGAUCUAUGGCUCAGCGUGGUGAUUCUUUUCAUCAUUAUAGUAGUAACUUUCUCAGCUACUUUCACAAAAAUUAUCUUCACGAAGAAGCAGAAAUGAGCAAAACAGUAUGCGCAAAAUUUUCACUUCUUAUAAUUAUUAGUCAACCCAAUUUUGAACCAUCAAGCAAAAAAUAAAAUUGAUUUGAAAAAAAUGUAUGU